UGUGGCAGACCGGUGUAAUCGAUCCGGGUUGACGACUUAGCUUCGAUUUCGAGUCUCUACUGAUGAGAAGACGGAAAAAGCCGAAAUAAACUCGUUAAACUGUUUAUCUUUUGUUUAUCUACGCGGUUCGACUUGCGGUUCGUCUGAACAGCUAGAUUGAGGUGAUAUAAGAAAAGACUGGUAGUUGAAGAGAAAAAUAAAUAAAUAAACAAAGCGUUUUGUGUGUGACGGAAGGCUAAAGGCUAAAGUUAGCCAAAUGUCCGCAGCCGCCGGCUCCUCUCCUGCUGCCUCGCCGGGCUCGCGGCUCUCCGCCCCGGCCGCAGGCAUGUCUGUGUUCCGCUGGCUGGAGGUGCUGGAGAAGGAGUUUGAUAAGGCGUUUGUGGAUGUGGACCUGCUGCUGGGGGAGAUCGACCCUGACCAGGCCGACAUCACGUACGAAGGCCGGCAGAAGAUGACAAGCCUGAGUUCGUGUUUUGCUCAACUGUGUCAUAAAGCACAGACCGUGUUUCAGCUGAACCAUAAAUUAGAGGCUCAGCUGGUGGAUCUGAGGUCGGAGCUGACGGACGCUCAGGCAGAGAAAACCGUGGUGGAGAAGGAGGUCCACGAGCAGCUGCUUCAGCUUCACACUCUGCAGUUGCAGCUCCACGCCAAAGCCGGCCAGACCGUCGACUCCAGCUCCAUUAAAGACAGGAUGCCCGUUGCUUCCGUGGAGGAGAUGGAAAAGGAACUGGAGGCCAGUAAGAAAGAGAAGGUGAAGGAGGUGAAGCUGGAAGCCGAGGUGAGGAUGCUGAAGAAAGAGAACGAGGCCCUCCGCAGGCACAUCGCAGUACUGCAGGCUGAGGUGUACGGCGCCAGACUGGCAGCUAAAUACCUGGACAAGGAGCUGGCUGGGAGGGUUCAGCAGAUUCAGUUAUUAGGUCGGGACAUGAAGGGCCCGGCUCAUGAUAAACUGUGGAACCAGUUGGAGGCUGAGAUUCAUCUGCACCGCCACAAAACGGUCAUCCGAGCCUGCAGAGGGCGCAACGACCCUAAGAAGCCCUUGCCGUCACCUGCAGGACAUGACCCAGAAUCUCUGAAGAAGACUCAGGGGGUCGGUCCAAUCCGCAAAGUGCUCCUGUCUAAAGAGGACCAUGAGGGGCUUGGGAUCUCCAUCACGGGAGGUAAAGAACACGGAGUUCCCAUCCUGAUCUCGGAGAUCCACCCAGCUCAGCCUGCGGAGCGAUGCGGGGGGCUUCAUGUUGGAGACGCCAUAUUAGCUGUCAACAACAUUAACCUGAGAGACGCCAAGCAUAAGGAGGCAGUGACCAUCCUCUCCCAGCAGAGAGGCGAAAUCGAGUUUGAGGUGGUGUACGUUGCACCGGAGGUGGACUCAGAUGACGAGAACGUGGAGUACGAGGACGAGAGCGGGCAUCGCUAUCGUCUCUACCUGGACGAACUGGAGGAGGGAACGGGAGGUAUCCAUGGCAACGGCAAUGCUGAUUCUGCCUCACUGCAAGUUGUGGAGAAGCACCUGAUGGCUGGCGGAGCCGAGAACGGAGACACGGGCAUCUCCAGCGAGAGUCCUUCCGAGGAGACGCCCUCAAAGACGACCGAGCCUCCUCAGAACUCGUCCUGAAGAGCUAGGAGAGACGAGGGGCUCCGGUUCCCACCCCCUCACACGGAGAAGGAGAAAGAGAAAUAAAAACUCUGGCCCUGUAUGAUAGCUGUAACAUACCAAGAUGAGUGUUUUUGUACCGUAUGGACAUGACACAGUUUCAGAGUCCACUGGAGAUCACAUGGAGACACCGAGAGGAAACGCAGAUCGGAUGGUUUAUUACAUGGUAGAUGGUUGCACUCAAGCGUGAUGUCUUCUGAAUUAACAUCAGCUGUGGUCAGGAACAUGGCUGACUGUGGUGUGUAAAGGUGGAAGACAUGGAAUAUGAUGGGUGCUUUAGGUUUUUUUUUUUUUUUUUUUUUACUUUUUAUAUCCUUUGUGUGCAUUUACUGCUCCCCAGGUGAAUUAGACCUGAGCUCUGACCCUCAACUGGGGUAUUAAUCAAAAACCUAGUAGAAAAUUGAGGUUAACAUAUAGCUCAUAAUCAUUAUCAAGUGUAAGGGUAAAUAAAUCCACUGGAAAUCACCAGAGCUUUGGCAGAGAAUUUGGGGCUUUUAAAAGGGGGUGUGGCUUUAUAAAAAAUUAUGAUAAAUGCAUGAUAUUUUAACUUCGCCAAAAUAAGUUGCAUAAUUCUGUCUUAGAGAAAAAUACACAGAUACCUCAAAUGUAUUGCCCAAGGUCUACCAUGUAAGUUAUAGCACUUCAAAGAACUUUAUUACAAAUAUACAAAAAUAUGAAGUUUGUACUUGGACCCAAGCUAUAAUAAUUUAAAUAACAAAUAUUUUCUGCUUUAUUACAUGGUCCAUAAGUUCAAGACAAUUGCAGUCAUCGUUUCUGUAAAGUUCAUGCGUCUAGCACGAAUAGUUUAAGAGUAAGUGGUGCAGUUUUGGGGGGAACACCCACUUUUUAAAGCCUCGGGAUCACAGAAAUGAAUGUAAAAGGUCAGUCAGGAGACCUCUGGUGAUUUCACGUGGAUUGACCCGUAAUUGAUUUUUCCGUUUUUCAUCCGAGUCAUUUUAGCGUCUUCCUGUUUGAAAAAGGUGUUGUUAUGGUGCAGGGUUGGUGGAAAGUUAUUAUUCAGCCUACAUCUGAACAACAUGUGAAAAUAAUUUACAGACUUUUUUAUUUUUGUUUUUUAUUUUAGGGUAAGAGGGGUUUGUCUUGCUAAAUGAGCAGUGUAGCAACAAUGAAACGGUUGACGAUAUGCGUGGGGGGACGCCACUUACUUCUUAUUUCUGAGAUCCAAAAUAAAAGGUUGUUUUGCAACAUUUCACUAUCAGGAACUCGAUCGAAUUGUGACUUUUACGGUUUGACAAUAAUAAUGGGAUGUGGUAACCUAGUGGUUAGCGGUAACCUAGUGGUUAAGGUGUUGGACUACCACUUAGAAGGUUGUGAGUUUGAAUCCCAGGUCCACCAAGCCGCAACUGUUGGGCCCCUGGACGAGGCCCUUAACCCUCAAUUAAAUGUAAACCAUCAAUAAAUAUGGAAGUCGACCUGGAUAAGGCCUCUCCAUAAGCUGUAAAUGUAAGAAGACUUUACUACCUAGCUAGGUUUUGGACAUCUUUAAACAGACUGUCAGUUUUUACCACCGGCUUUGUUAAACACAACAUAAAAACUAAUGAGAAGCUAAAUAAACAUUUUUAUAUAAUUUAUUAUAAGCGAUGGAAAAACAUUGCACCAAAUCAGAUUUUCUGUCUGAUCUGUUUACCAAAAUUUAGCAACAUUGACAUCCAAAAGGAUUUUCCAGGCUGCCACAGGUGUCUAUAUUUCAGUAGAUAACUGUAAGGCUGGCAUUAUAUUCCACAGGUAACUAACACACACACAUAUAUAACCGCUCACAUAAUAUAUGACCAACGUACAUUAUACACAUCAUGUAGUAUGUAAUAUAUCUAAUAUUUCCUCCAGAUGUAAGUAUUAUCGUUAUUUAUAAACAUUUCUACUAAUCCUAAGUUUGUGAAUGGCAGAAACUUCACAAUUUCCUGUAUCCUGUAGUAUGGAUUUCAGGUUUUCAUGACUACCAGUUGUCAACAAAUUACUUCAUCGGGUUGUAACUUAUAUACUCUGAUAACUUGAACUAGCUAUAAAUGUUUAAAUGUAGAAAAUAUUUAAGAUCACACCUUCUGUUGAAUAUCGGUAGGAUUUGAGACGCAGCACAGGUUUGUUUACUCUCCUGCCGCUCGUGAUGCGAUAAAAUAUGGCUAAAUAGAAUAUGGCAGAAUAUAAAUAACAGAUUUUAUGUACACAUAACAUACAAUAGUCAAACUGGGAAGUCACAACACUGUGUGUGUGUGUGUCAGCUUCUGAAAUAUUUCUAAAGUAUAUGUUAAGGUAGUAUAAUAAAUUAUGUCUAAAACAGGGUUAUUAGCAUAAAGGCCUCUGAGGAAGUGUAUUAUAUGCUAAUGUAGGAGAAACGGUGUUGGGACAGAUUUAGCUAAUUUAACUAACGUUACCAUUUAAAGACAACGUAAAUGCCAAACGGUGGUGGAAAUGUUUCAUAAUCAUAAAGAAUAUCAACAUUUACCUCAGACAUGUUGAAAACGUGACUAAGAGCUGCUAGAAGAACGCUAUAUACUUGUACUGUGUUUAAACUGGGACAUUCACUGUGUUUAGAUUAAAUGUGAAUAAUUAAUUACCUUUUGUGAUAUUCAUGGCUUUCUCAGAGUUCCUCUGCAGUUGAGUCAACACUAAAUAUAAAUUAUUUUAGCCAUAUAUACAUUUUUUUAUAAAUAUACCAACAGAUCUGAGGUAAACGUUGCUAUUCUUGAUAACUUUGACUUAUUUCCUCUAUCGUUCUGCAUUUCUAUCGUUCUUAUAUGAAAUGUUUUAUGUAUUGGCUAGCUAAAUCAGUCUCCUUAGCCAUUAGCUAGCUUAUACUCAGAUGAUUUACACUCAGCAGUGUUCUUCCAAUUACAAGGACUUGAAAGCCAAUUGAAAGCACCAUUAAAUGAAUAUUGUAAUAGGAAUAAAAGAUAGGAAUCAGGAGAUACAAUUUCUUUCUUUUUUUUUUUUUUUUUUUAAGAAAAUGUAUAUGUACCUGUGUGUGCGUGCAUGUGAAAGAGCGAGUGAGUGUGAGAGAGCGAGUGUGUGUGUGUGAGAGAAUGUGUGUGUGAGAGAUAACAUAAGUCUUCAAACACUUAAGUUGUGCUCUUAUAGGAAUGGAAUCAGCAACAGAUUUUGGGUCAGACUGUUACCAUAUUUCCUUUAGACCACAGUUAUUUUCCUUCGCUUACAAUUUGUAUUUAUUAAUGAAGGAAAGCUGUUUUACCUACAUUGUAGUAGCCUAAAAUGGUCAUGCCUUCACCGACCCUGUCUUUGUUCUUUUUAAAAGCUAGUAACAAAAUAAAAUGUCACAUUUCUGAGGAACCGCACCACACAAAAUGCUCAAAUUUAGUACAUUACCUGCUCUCUAUUCUGAGGUGUUUUCCAGAGCUUGUACUCAACGCCCACAAACAUCCUGUGUUAAAACUCUGCAGACAAUCAGCUUGUGGACUUUAUGGAGCAGAUUUUUGGUUACUGAUUACGUAUUAUGCAGCGUGUUUCGAGAAAUAAUUCUCUUAACUGAUGUCCCUGCAUGCUGCAAGAGGCAUCAACAUGUACUUUAUGGUUUAUUGGUGAUUGUUAACUUCCUGCUUGUCCUGCAUAUGAUCCAUACUUUGGCACUCUAGGCAUGUGCUGAUAAUCAGUUAUCUCAUAUAUACAGUGAUAUUAAACUCAGUUGGUGUUACAGAUACUGCAGAUUAUCCUACAGCCUAAGAGACUGAGCAUUUUAAAUCACAUUUGGUGUUAAAUACUGUAAAUCCAAUUCAGACAGCAUCCUAAUUUUUCAAAUUUGCAUGAAUGAAAUCUAAUAACUGUGCUCUGAAUGAUAUUCCAGAAUAAACCCAUCAGAAAAGAUUGAUAUUAACCUAAUAUCAGCACAUGGCUACUGAAAGCUGAAAGGUUUGGUAUAAAUCUCAUAUCGGUAUUUACUGCAUAACAAUAUUGAAAUAAACUUGUUUGCUCAUUGCAA